CUCGAUUACACCGCACUCUCGAUACAAGUUUGUUUUAAAAUGGCGGCGGAAGCGUCGACACAGCUACGUUGAGGAGGCAGGAAGGAGGCGAUGAUGGUGCAGCAGUAGUAACAGCAUCAUCAUGGACCGCUCCGGCCGGCGGAUACCUGCCACCCACCUGUAGCAUCAACCGGCAGCAUGGCGAACACGACCCACGGCACCCAGGAGCGAAGAGACAGCCGCUGUGGUGUGUCUGGAGUAGCUAUAGUGGAGAAUGGCUCUGUAGUCAAAGAUCCAACUGUCUCUGACCUCCAAGAUCAUACCAACUGCCACUGCCAUGAAUCCAGUUCAACCCCACAGAGUGAGCCCGUCCUGCCCACUUACAAGCCAUCAUGCUCCUCUACCCCCAACUACUACAGCAGCCCCCAGAAAAGCUACUCAGACCUGGACCAGGACAGCCACAGCUUCACUUCCCAGGACUCAGGUAUCCCCACUCUGGAGAUCAACCCUCCAGAGCCCAUCAUCCACAGCCACCAACGCUCAGGCGACGCAGGCCUCAUCCUGGACGCCAAUCAUGAUUCUCCUGCCACUUUACCUUUGGAUGAUGAUCCCGCUAACAACACCAUCCGCAAAUCCUCCACCUUCCCCCGCAGCGGGUACGACUCCAUCCGCCUCUUCAGCCCCGCCAUCAGAUUAUCCGCCACCACGGGGAUGGGUCUCGGGGGCGGAGCCUUAAACCGCAGCGAUGACAUCUCUGUGUGCAGUGUGUCCAGCAUGAGCACUGAGCUGUCGGUCUCCAAUGAAGACAUCUUGGAUUUCACAGUCACUUCUGACUCCAGCGCCAUCGUCACCCUAGAAACAGACGACAUCGGCGCUGCUCACUUCUCAGAUGUGAUGUUGUCGUCAUCUCCAGGAAGAGACUUGUGGAGUCCUGUACGACCGUAUCUGGGGUCAGGUGUCAUGCAGCAGGAAGAAGAUGGCAGGCAAAAGAAACUGGGACCCCUGGCAAGCUUAUUCAACAGGAGCCUGUUUGCCAGGAGAGUGAAGGACAGUCGGCCAGUGGAGCAGAGAGAUCCAGGGUGGAAACUGUUUGGGAAAGUCCCCCCACGGGAAGGCUCCAUCAAGGACCCUAAGAAAAUACAAAAGGAAUAUGAAACAAAGAGUGGCAGAGCUGGACCUGGCAACCCAACGUCUCCCAGGCAGAGUGUGAGGAAAAACCUGGACUUUGAGCCGCUCUCCACCACUGCUCUUAUACUGGAGGACAGACCUGCUAAUCUGCCUGCCAAGCCAGCUGAGGAGGCUCAGAAACACAGACAGCAGUAUGAAGAGAUGGUGGCCCAGGCCAAGAAGAGAGAGUUGAAGGAGGCUCAGAAGAGGAAGAAGCAGCUGGAGGAUCGGUGUAAGCUCGAGGAGAGCAUCGGCUCAGCUGCCCAGACCUGGAACCAGGAGAUCUUACCAAACUGGAGUACGAUGUGCACAUCUCGACGAGUGAGAGACCUCUGGUGGCAGGGCAUCCCCCCCAGCGUCAGGGGCAAAGUGUGGAGCCUGGCUGUGGGGAACGAGCUCAACAUCACACACGAGCUGUAUAACAUCUGCCUGUCCCGGGCCAAAGAGAAAUGGAAGAACACACCGGCAUCUGCCCCAGAGAUUGAAACUGAAGAUGCUGGUUCUUCAGACAGGGAGUCGAGCCUGGAGCUGAUCAAGCUGGACAUCUCCAGAACUUUCCCCCAGCUGUGUAUCUUCCAGCAGGGUGGUCCCUAUCACGAUGUGCUGCACAGCAUUCUGGGAGCCUACACUUGUUACCGGCCAGAUGUUGGCUACGUGCAGGGAAUGUCGUUCAUCGCAGCAGUGCUGAUCCUGAACCUGGACACAGCUGAUGCCUUUAUAGCUUUUGCCAACCUGCUCAACAAGCCCUGUCAGAUGGCCUUCUUCAGAGUGGACCACAGCCUUAUGUUGACGUACUUUGCGGCAUUUGAAGUGUUCUUUGAAGAAAAUCUACCAAAGCUCUUUGCACAUUUCAAGAAAAACAACCUGACCCCCGAUAUUUAUUUAAUCGACUGGAUCUUCACUCUGUACAGUAAGUCUCUCCCGUUGGACCUGGCGUGUCGGGUGUGGGACGUGUUCUGCAGAGACAGUGAGGAGUUCCUGUUCCGCACGGCGCUGGGCCUGCUGCGUCUCUACCAGGACGUCCUGACCUGCAUGGACUUCAUUCACAUGGCUCAGUUCCUCACACGCCUGCCCGACCUCAUCCCCGCCGAGCAGCUCUUCCAGCACAUCGCCUCUGUUCACAUGACCAGCCGCAACAGGAAGUGGGCACAGGUCCUGCAGGCGCUGCAGAAAGAUCAGGAGCGAGGCAGCCCAGUGCUGAAGCGCUGAGCUGAGAUCAGAGGAAACCUUCACACACUAACAGACCGGACCAGCUCCCCUCCAGCCUUUGGGGAAAAACCUGGAGGCUCACCACGCUGGAUGGACAUGAAAGAGACCUGUGUUCCACCUGGGGACAUGUCUGGUUGUAGCUGCUAUGAUAGACCUCUUCUCCAGUUCAGUGUCACUGCUCUGACUAGAAUCGGGACCCUGGAGGGGGUCUGUCAGUGAAGAGGCAGGGGUGUGAAAAGGAAUAUGAGGCCUUAUUUAACCCCCACCACCCCUCCUCUGCUCAGAGGCCCAGCAGUGGAUUGGAAACUGUAGCUGGCAGAGGCUAAAGAAUGUAUCACACAAGCCCACAUACAUGCACCGAGCAGACGGUUUCUGGUCUCCACAGAUCAGGGGAGACCAGAGAUACCAGUUACUCCUCAAAUCCUCUGCUCAGUUUUUUAUUCUCUCUGGCUACAGUUCCAGCUGUCUUUUCUUUUUUCUUUUUGUUUUUCAAACUUAUCUUAAAAUUUUGAUGACAGAGACAACAGUCGACUCCUCGAUCUUUAAAAAGAAAUAAUAGGCAGGGAAAGCAAAGGUUAAACAUCUCCAGAAUCAGAUCUGUGAGUGACGAUGUUGAAUCCUGUCAUUCUCUCUCCUUUUGCACCUUUUCUUUUUUUUUUUCUCUCUCAAAACUUGAGUCAUUCCUUUGUGUCCUAAUAUGAGUUUGAUUUCGUCUGUGUGCUUUUCAUUUUCCAGCCGAGGCACAUUUGUUUCCUGAACCUUUCUAUGAAGUCAAACACGAGUUUAGUGAGUUCAAAUCCUUGAAGACAAGUUUGGUGUCUUUGAAAGCACCACGCUGUUACAUAUGAUGAAAUGUUUCAACCCCCUAAAAAGAGGUGAUAAGCUGCCUGUAAAAUGAGUUUUACAGUGUAUUUAUGAAGAGUAAAUAAUGAGAUAACGUGUUACUGCUCGACACAUGACAUACAGUGUCAAACAUGGACGUCCCCCUGCCCUUAAUAUGUUUGAGGUACAUUUCAGCUUGUGAGUGUUUUGAUUCCUAAUGUCUUGAUGUGAGUGUUGAUGUCUUUUGUGCGUUUAUUUAAUAUUUAUCAAAAGGAUGACGGGACAUAAAUAAAACUUGUUCCAGUGACAUUUAGGGUCGUCUCCUCGCCCGAACUUGUUUUCAGAUCGCGUGUAUACUUGAUUUUAACCAAACGUACGAGGUUGUGAGGCAUCUGGAUCGCAUCUGGGCAAAAAGAGAACAUCUUCCCCAACAUCUUGUUGCCAUGGAGAUGGCAGCAGAAAGCUGGAGCAGUUUCAACAGUCUGCCGUCGGCUGGACAUGUAGCAUUGAUGUCGAAUGACGCACACAACCAACGUUCUGAAGCAUUGCUUUGUUCUGUGCUCACACACAGACAAACCUGGAUUCAGGACAUAUUGACAUAUACAUAUUGACAAAUUAGCACUAAUAAAAGCUGAAUUCGCUAUCAAGACAUUUACAGUGUACCAGUACAUGUAUGUACAGACAGCCAUUACUGGGUUAUUACAAUACUGAAGGAAAACAUGAACAACAAGAGGGUUCUCAGGCGAGUUCGUGAGGUGUAAGCAGAUUUGUGGAUGUUUUAUUUGCUAUAAAAGUCAGAAAGAAUAUCUUCAGGAAGUGUGACUGUAGCAUGUCCAGCCUUCAGCAGCAUGAAUUACACCUAAUUUCCCAUCACUCUUUGUUUGCCUGUUUAAAAAAAAAAGAAACCUGAACAACCACCAGUCCAAGCAAAAGCAAGAACGGGUGCGGAGACAAUAUAAAAAGGUUUAUGUUGUUCAUUCUGAACAUCCUGUCAUGCAGGGAAUACGUGCGUACCGGUUCUCACCUGGGCUUUAACUUGUCACCUCUCUGGCUUUGUGGCUGUUUGAGGUUGUCGGUGCGUCGGUUCCCCGACUUUCACACCGUGGUUAAAGUGUCGUCCAGUCGCCAAGUCAUUACGUAACUAUCGAACAUAAAAGUUACUUUCCAUGCGUUGUUUUGAUGAGCGAACAGCCGGCUAGCAAGUGCUAAGCAUUACUUGAUAAUCAUAUUUUUUUUAAAAAAAAGUGAAAUAACAUCUUGCUAUUGGAAUGCGAGUUAAUAUAUAUCUUUCAUGUGAUGUUUAUUUCUUUCAAAGUCUGUUUUGCACAGAUCUGUUCGUCAAUUGAAAUAAACGUAGAAAUGUGAUUGGUUGUUGACGUCUGAAGAGAAGAGUUCUGUCGUCAGGGUUUUCUUUCCAAAGUUUAACUGUCCUGUUUUUGGUUGUGAAGCUGCUUCAUCUGGUGUGUUGUGCUGCUCAUUCUGUGCGUGAUGGAGUUUAUACAUUUGAGCCCCUGUAAUAUUGAGACAUCACCUAUGAGAGACUGUACUUGGACCACAGCUGAAGUAUGAGACAGGCUCUGGGUUUGAAAACAGGAAGUGAUUUUCAUUUGUAACUCAUCAUCAUCUUUAGACGGUCUGUGUCUGAGUGUGUGUGUGUGUGUGUGUUUCACAUUUGUACCGUGCAGCAGCUUUCUGAUCACUCUUCUCGAUGCACUCCCUCCUCCCACUCCCCCAGUGUGGUGACGAACCGCAGGACUGCAAUAAAGCUUUUUGCACAUACAUGUAAGCCUUUGAGUUGUGCCUCACAUCAUCAGUUUGUUAUUCAAACAGGUUGUCUGUUUUUAAAUGUAUGAAUUGACCCUCCCAGCUCGAUUAACACUAACCUGCUUCCUGCCCUUUUUAUCACAAAACAGACGCUGUGUGAUCCACAGAGGUCAAAAAACCAAAUUCAAUCAAACUAAAUUUGAAAUAAGUGUAAUAUACUUCUGUGUAAUGAUCGGUUUUGAUUUUUCUGGAUGUCUUAAUUUCUUGGGUUGUGUUUGUUUUGCAUCGUCUUCUCUUUUCCUCAAGAGACCCGUAACUGUAGAGGACUGAUAGACACACAUGGAGACGACAGAGGGUCGCCAUGCAACUGUAUCUCACUUGAAAUGUAUAUAAACAAUGGUUUUAUUAAAAUAAAGAGCUGUACAUAUUUAA